AUGGAUUCAGACAAGGUCAUCUACGAGAAGCUCAUUGAGUGGGCGGAGACCAAGGGCGUGAAGCUCAAUGGGGUCAUGCCUUGGGCUUUGGAUGGCCGCGGUAUAGGAGUCGUGGCCGUCAAGAACAUCAAGGAGGGAGACCAGAUUCUCCUGGUUCCCAACUCCGCGCUUCGCUCUCUCGACACUGCCAGGCCAGAGAUCAAGCAGAACAUCCCCAAGGACGCCAGUGUGCAGGCGAUUUUGGCCCUCGAGUUGGCCCUCGACAAGCCCAACACCGGCUAUGAUGCCUGGGUUGCUGUGACUCCGUCGCGGGAGUCGAUCAUGACUCUUCUCCCGAUGGUCUGGGACCAUCGACUUCACCAAUAUCUCCCAAAGCCGGCGCUAGCACUGCUUCGUAAACAACAGGCCAAAUUUAACCGCGACUGGGCUGCUGUUCAGCAGAUGCCGGCCUUCGCGGGUGAAGAGGCAACCAUCACGCGGUCCGAAUUCAUGUAUUACUGGUUGCUGAUCAACACUCGCACCUUUUACCAUGAGACUCCGCAGACCGCCCUGCUCCCAUCAGGUGAUAAGAUGGUUUUACAGCCUGUUGCCGAUCUCUUCAACCACGGCUCAAAAGGCUGCGACGUCAAGUUCACAUCCGCAGGCUGCACCAUCACAGCCGAUCGCGCCUACGAAGUCGGCGACGAGAUCCAAAUCUGUUACGGCAGGCACCACAACGACUUCCUCCUUGUUGAGUACGGCUUCAUCCUCGGCGGCAUCAACACCUGGGAUGAAGCAUGCAUCGACGACGCCAUCCUGCCCUCCCUCAACCGCGAACAGCGCUCCAUCCUCGAAGAGCGCGAUUUCCUAGGCAACUAUGUCCUUGACGCCAACGAGGUCUGCUACCGCACACAGGUUGCGCUGCGUCUGCUGUGCCUCUCGUCCUACGAGGAGUGGAACCGGCUUGUCACCGACGGCGAGGACGGCGGCGAGGCGUUGCAAAAGGAGGUUGAUGGCCGGUUGGUGGAUAUGCUGGAGAGGUAUGAGCUGGUGGUGGAGCGCAAGAUUCGCGAGGUGGAGGCGCUGGAGGAGGUCGGUCAGGCUUGCCAGCGUGAGAUUCUGGUUACGCGCUGGCGCCAGAUUUUGAAGCUUGUGGAGGACACCAUUGAUCGCCUUUACGUCUGA